ACUUUUUGCGUUUCUCUUUGUUUCGUCGUCCGUGGCUGUCGCGGGUGACCAUGAACGGUCAUGAUCAACGACGACCAACGACGACCAACUUUAAGGGGUCGUACCGCCCCUCCGUCACGAGAUAUAAAAAAAACGGACCUCGGAUUCGUGAUCAGGGACAAAAGUUACCCCUUAGGACAAAGUUUCACGCAAAUCGAAGAGGGGUCGGGGCAACUUUUCCCGAUUUCGUGUGAGUUGGUAGAGAAUUACCAGUUUAUAUUUAUGUUUAUAGUUAAAUUAAAUUUAUUGAAUUUCCUGCAAAUUUUAGUAUUAAAUUUGUUUUCGAGAAUUUAAAAUGCAAUUUCUAACUGUAACUAGGAGUACUGUUGUUACAACCUACUAAAUACGGUCCUUAAAUCGUCGCUUGUGUGAUGUCUUGUGACACGUCCUAUCUUUUUACAGCAGACGUGUCACAAGAUAGCACACAAGUGACGAAAUCCUAACAAACCGUUACACAAAAUAUCGAUUGUUUUGAUGUUUACAGCUUGUUUGACACCUAAAGAUGGCCAUUCACUAAAAUUUGUGCGAUUCAAAAGCAAAAACGAAUGUCCGGGAUUCGAAGCACAACAAGUAAUUUCAAUUUUAAAAACUCUGAUGAAAAUUUAUUACAAUAGACAUAUUUUGCAAGCAUUCUCUUAAAAUUUAUGCACUCAUCUUGAUGAUAUUUCUGCAUUUCCAACAUAUUACUAUUUUUUUCGGAUUUCGAAUGAAUAAGUUAUUUUACUCAUUAGUCUUACUCAAUUUAUAGUUUUACACUUAAUACCUAUUCCAAAGAAGUAGAUCUAAAUAAACAAUUCGUCAUUUUCUUCAAGGUUGCUUUAGUGGAAACACUCCAGUGGAAAGUUACCGUCGUUAUAAAAAAGGUUAUAUUUUGUCAGGCUGUAUUUGCAAUAUUAAUUGAACAACUAAGCAACAUCUGCUUUCAAAAGCACAUAUUUCCCACCAUGCAAAAACAAUGUCUGAUUCAGUAGAACAUAGGUAGCGUUUCAGAAAAAAGGCGUUCAUAACAUGUAAAAUAAAAUUUACUCAUCAUUAUUAAUCAUGGACUCCAUCAAGAAGCUUUAUCGUUACAAGUUUUUUCAACAUACCCAAACGGAACCAUCCGAAUUUUACCAAAGCGUAGUGAUAACACCAAACAAAGCCGCUCGAUUCACCGGCCUCGAUGUGUUCACCGAAGGUUACAAGUUCUCCUGGAGGACUUUUUGUAUGAUCGUUUCAAUUUUGGUCUACAUUUACUGUUGUGUUUUCACGGCUUACGAGCUUCGCUGUAAUAUGGAGAAAUUGAUUUUCUGCCUUCUCACGAGUGGAUUGGCUCCACACAAAACUGUAAAAGUUUGGACUUUUUUGGUGUUUCAAAAGGAGCUUUACUGGUUUCAUCAAUACACCAAGGAUUUGUACCGCGAGGAGUGUAAUGAUCGUACCAAGUCCAUGUUGAUGAAAAAUGUUUCCUUGCUAAGUGUGACUGUUAAGUUGAUGUUGGUGGCUUAUACGUGCAUUUCUUCUGCCAUGGAUAUUGUUCCGAUCAUUUCUUCAGCUGUUUCUGGGGAGAAGACUCUCCCCUUUGGAUUUUACAUUCCGUUUUUGGAUCAUACAUCGUCGGUCGGAUUUGCAUGUAACUUUAUUAUACAAGGAGCUCUUACAGUGUAUGUGCUUUGCUCGGGAUAUGGAGCAGAUUGUAUCUAUUUGAUUGCCAUGGCUAGCUCAUUCACUCAGAUUGAUGUACUCAUGUCGGCUUUGAAAGAAUUGACCACGGAAAUCGAAGCAAAGAAGCAAGAUGUUGGCGAAUGUUUGAAUCAAAUAAUUGUUCGCCAUCAGGAACAUUUGAAGUAAGUUUUUCAUGACAUUUGAAUCUUUUUUAAUCAACUAUUCCAUUUCAAAGGUACUUGGGAACACUCGAAUCUGUGUUUCGAUUCUAUUUCCUGGUGAACUUUGUAAGUUUGGCACUGACUCUCAUUCUGUCAUGGUAUGCAGCAAUUAUCGUAAGAUCAUCAUUCAAUCCAAAAUAGUCGAAUUUCUAAACAUUUUUUUCGUAGCUCUCCUGGUACCAAGGGUAUGGCUUCAUUCUGUUUAUCAGCUAUGGACUGUUUUUCGGAUGUUUUUUGGGAACACUGCUGGCAAUGAAGAGUGAACAGCUGGAGCGUGCAAUUUACGACGUUCCCUGGUACAAGAUGUCACUGGCGAACCAGAAGUCUAUGAAGUUCCUGCUGAACUCGGCCCAAAAGCCCGUCAGUAUGACGUUCAUCUUUUACAAACUGGACGUGCCCACCUUUUUGCAGAUGUACAAAAUGAUCUACAGCACGUUCACCAUGCUACUGACGGUGCGUGAUGAGUAGAAAAGACACAACAAGUUGAGUCAAUCAUGAGGGUUUCAAAUCUGAACUUUACGCAAUGAAAUGGACAAAAAUCUACCACAUCUACCACAUAAUAAACAAAGGAGUUUUGUAAAAAUCCUUAAAUGUGCAAAACGUGAAAAAAAAUCACCAAGUAGUUGUUGUGAGUCAGCUUUCUAUAAAUUGACAUAAAAAAACACAGAAAUUGUAGAAUUGAACACAGAAAAACAUUGAUAAUAUGAAGUAUGAAUAAUUCAAAAACACGAUUAUAACAGGGCAUAAAAAUUCCUAAAACUAACAAUAACAAAGUUUUAGUGUUGUCAGGUUUAAAAUGAAAUAGAUACAAAGCAUACACAAUAAACUGGACAAACUAACUGGACCUCGAUUAUUUGAUUGUUAUGAUACUAUCGAGGAUUAAAUGUUAUCUAAAAAGAAAAUAAGGAAAAUCUAUUAAGGCGUCAUCCAUAAAGUACGUCACGCUCUAAGGGGGAAAUGGGGGUUGUCACAAGUGUGACAUAGUGUGACAAGGGGGAGAGGGGGGUCCGUGAGAUUGUGACGUCACGUACGACUAUUUCUUGAAUACUGAAAAUGUAGUCACAAAAUAUAGCUGAAAAAGGUUGAUGUUUGAUAAACAUAACUCAUAAAUUAAACACGAUACAAGGCUUUAAGAAACAUAAUUUUUAUGAUAGGAUAAAUAUACUUAAAUCAUAAGAUUAAAAAAAACUUUUGAUGGUGAUUUCUGUCACUACAACAUUCAACAAAAUAAAAAAAAUCUAAACGCUACAUGUAAAAAUAAAAAAACUUUUUCGAUUGAACUACGAAUUUAAAAUUAAUCCUAUUUAUAAAUCAUGUUUAAAUUGUACAAAAAUUAAGAUGGGGAUGGGGGGGGGGGGUCCGACAACACGUGACGUGCUUUUCGAGGGGAGGGGGGUCGUAUCCAGCUUUACAAAUUGUGUCAUAGGGGAGAGGGGGGUGAAUUUUGGCCGAUUUUAGCGUGACCAGGGUGGCCACUCAAGUCGGGAAAUCGGGAAAGUCGGGAAUUCGCCAAAAUCCGCCAAAAAUCGGGAAAAAGUCGGGAAUUUAUGAUUUUUUGUCAAAAUGUCGGGAAUUCUAAGCAUACUUGCUUGAAAAAAAUUUUUUAACACUUGAAUAAUUUUGUAAUAUUUUGUACAAUUUUCAAAUUGAAUUCACACAAUUCUGCUUUAAAUUUUUUAAGGAGUUUAUUUGAGUAUGGAAAAGCUGUUUAAGACAUUCAAAAUCUUAAUGAAUAUUGAAUGCCUUUGACACAGAUUUUCAUAAUAUUUUAUUAUUGUUUAUCAAACAAGAGGUAAAGUUAAUGAAAAACUAAUAUAAAAAUAGAGCCUAAUGGCUUAGUGGUGUAAUGAUUCUUUUUAAUUUUGUCACAUACACGGAGAAAAAUGAGUUCUCAAAAUCGUGAACAAGCGUUCAUGAAAUCCGGAA